UAUUGCAUUUAUUAUUAUCCCUGGUUCUAACUCCGCUCCCAAAGCAACCCCCCUUUAUUGCAGGCUUGAGAGGACAAAGAUUUUGCAGAAGAAAAUAAGAGAGAGAGAUGGCUUCCAACUUUGCUUCUUGGAGCUUCGUCUUCCGUGUUCUUCUUCUUGCACGGUGCAUCCUAUUCAACAGCGGCAGGGAGAUAGUACUAGAGCCAAGCGCGAACAUCAAGGUGCCGGAAACCGCCGUGGAUAUCGAUCCUUCACUGAACGUCUUCUUCAAAGUUGAUGAUCUGAAAGCCGGAAAGAGAAUGCCCAUCUUCUUCGCCAUCAAGAACUCGUCUUCCUCGCCUCGUCUUCUCCCCCGAGAAGAAGCUGAUUCCAUCCCUUUCUCAUCGGGAAAACUCCCCGACCUCCUUGACUUCUUCUCCUUUCCGGAGAACUCUCCCCAAGCCAAGGCCAUGAAAUACACCCUCACCGAAUGCGAGCUGCCGCCGCUUAGAGCCGAAACCAAGUUCUGCACCACCUCGCUGGAAUCCAUGCUCGAUUCCGCCGCCGCCUUCUUCGGUUCUGGAUCGCCGUUCAAGGCUCUGUCCACCAGCCACCUCACCGGCCACACCGCGGCUCUGCAGAACUACACCCUGCUGGAGCCGCCGGCGGAGAUGGCGAUGUCGAAGAUGGUGGCUUGCCACCCGAUGCCGUACCCGUACGCGGUUUUCUAUUGCCACGGCCAGGACGGUGACCGGCGCCUGUUCCGGUUCGCCCUCCGCGGCGACAACGGCGAGAGGGUUGAGGCGUUCGGCGUUUGCCACGUGGACACUUCCCAGUGGGACCCCGAUCACGUGGCGUUCCGGGUGCUGAAGACGUCGCCGGGGAGAUCUCCCGUGUGCCAUUUCUUCCCGGCCGAUAACAUCAUCUGGGUGGCCAUGGCUUCACCUUCCGGUAUCUAGUUGAUGAUGUCCUAGACUUAUAAUUUGCCUGCAAUAUAUCCAAGUCUUGUAAUCUCUGUAGGGGUUGCAAGUCCAGUGAAACAAACAAACAGCUCACUUGAUAAGCUUUUCUUUUCUACUGAGGCUGCUUGGCUUACCCUUUCUUGUUUUUUAUAAGUUAUGUUUAAAUUAAUAAGAUAUUUAGAUAAAUGUGUUUUAAA